AUGUCAGAUUUUGGCUUUUCUUCGUCUUCAUCUUCGAGUUCUUCGAGUGGAAUGAAUGGCGCACAACGAGCUGAACUGAUGGAUCAAGUUAAAAGUCAGCUGUUAGUCGCAACAUUACAAGAAUUACUUUCGGUAAGAAAUAGAGCCGUCUAGUGGGUACGCUUUAAAUUUACGCUACACGUGCUUUGCGGAACAGCUCCGUACUUUACACUCAUGUUACAUUGUAAGGUUAUAGUCACGAUGUCAUUUUCCCUGAAGGUAUGUUUUAUUAUUCUUGGAUUGUCGUGAGCAUUUUUGUGUUUCAAAGGUGCAUUCUCAGAUUGCCAUCGAAAGAUGACAUAACCUAGGUCUUUUGACUGCUAAGUAUUCCAAAGCACAUGCAAGUUGUGGGUGUAAAACUUUUCAGUAAAAGAAAAAACUGAAUAUUGAAGAAUAUAGCUAAGGAGAAAUAAGUUUCCCUGUAUUCUUUAGUUGCUCUGAAAUAAUAGCACUCUUAAUAUCAGGGCUUAUCCGGGAGAUGUCAAUCUCUAAUUAAGAUCUGAAAUCUGGAGAUGUGGGACAUCACGAAAUAAACGGAAUUGUACACACAUUUUGAUUGGUCCUGACGUACAAUCUGUUGGAGGAAAGAUGUCCAGAUGAAUUAACCAUACACAACUUUAACUUCCUUAUUUUAGAUUCCAUGUUGCUAUGUGGUUGUCCAUUGAUAUAUAAUACAUAACAUCAAAAUGGGGUAAGAACAUGACUGACACAUCCAGGUGUACUUUAUGUGCCACAAGUUGCUCUUACCACAUUUUGACUUCAGUGAUAUAUGUUACAGAACAGACCCACAAUAACAUGGUACCUACAGUGUCUUUGUGCAUUAGAUGGCAUCCACCAACCCUGUAGUUGGUUUACUCUUUCUUACUAAACUGUUUUUUUUUAAUCAGUUUCUAAGAGAAAAUUAUUCCAAUAUUGCAUCCACUCUGGCAAAAAAUUCCAAUCAUUUUAAUAGAAAUGAAAUUUACUUGAUUUGAUUUGCUUUAUUAUUAUUAUUAUUAUUAUUAUUAUUAUUAUUAUUAUUAAAUUUUUUUUAGGGGGGAUCAGGAGAUCUGAUCUAUAUUUUGGAGAGUCUUAGGACAGUCUACACUAUGUAUGCUUCUGUUUUUCAAGGCAACUGGGCAAGUCUUGGGAUAUCAAGACACUAAACAUAUUAUAAUUUUGCAUCUAAUGGCUACCAAAUUUACUUUGGAGGGCUAUUUAUAUCUGAUUUUUGUGUUUGUCUUUUAUUAGAAAAUGUCAGAAAAAUGCUUCAAAAAGUGCAUUUACAAACCAGGAACAAAGCUUGAUAACUCUGAACAAGUAAGGGAAACUAAAUGUUGAGCAUUACAUAACUGAAAUAAUGAUCCUUCAUGAUCCAACUGCAUUAACCCUUAGACAGAAUUUCUCCUUACAAUAUCAAUACAAUAUCAACCAGAUAAGUCAGGGCGUGAAAUUGCGCCUAAUACAGGCGCCAAUGUGACUAAAUUUUUCACUUUGGCAGCUAAAUCCUGAAAAUUAGUCGCCAAAUAACCUUACCAAGAGAUAUAGUGGAUUAAAAAGAAUUGAAGAGACAAAUCCACAGCAAAUUUCCUCGUUAAGUUGUUUCCAAAACUCAGCACAUGCAUCUUGAUCAAUAACUAGACGCCAUCUUGGAUUUAGGUGAGCUUGAAUGUUGUAUAUCAUCCAUCCUAGUGUCCACUUUGUAGCACGUUAAAGAUCUUUUCCCUAACGUAAUUUUGAAGGGUCUAUCAAGAACACUGACAGCAUAACAAAAGGUUUUGUUUGUCUUUGAAAAUGGCAACCAAUUUUUUUUUAAUUGGCUACCACUUUGAAGAAUUUAGGAGCCAAGUGGCCAUCAGAAAAAAAUGUAACUUCACGCCCUGUAAGUGAUGAGAGUAAAGAAAAAUAUCAAUUUGGGGAUAAUUAGUCGAUCCAAUAAUAAAUUCUCUGAACUAACAUUAUAUGAAUUGUAUGGUUGGCAGUAAGGAGAAUUACAAAUUUGAUCUGGGAGUAAAAGGGUUAAGUAGAGUACAAAAAGGUGAGGAUGUGUAUAAGUAUCCCACGAUCUUAGACAGUUGGUUAUUUUGUGCUGUAAAGAAACCUGUUUCACUGGUUGGCUGCAUGUGCUACACUUUUCUAUCUACUUUACUUUUCCAACCUUGUAAGAAAUGCAUAUGAAAUAAAGCAGUUGGAUGAUGAAUAACUCUUUAGUUGUUUUGUGUAUGGUAUUGCUGAGUAUUUUUACUUGUUGUUUGUAUUUUGAUUUGCCCAACUCUUCAAAAUACUCAGCAAUACUACUGUACACACCAAAACAUCUAAUAAGAUAUAUUUAGCAAACAACAUUAGCUCUUAUGAACUAUCAUCAUUUAUGACAUGAGGACAAUAGAUAUAAACAGUCAUAUUUAAAGCAAUAGUUGUAGUUUAGAAAAGUCUGUGAUUAUGGCUUUAAAGUGGUUAAGGGGCUUGACAUCAGUACCCACUAAACUUAAUAACACAGUGUAUUAUUUAUAGCCAUAAUCAUCAUUUAGGACUUAAUGUUUAUCCUAUUAUUUUUACUCAUAGUAUCAUAACUAAUACCAUAUUUUCUUCUUUUACUUCUUCUUCUUGUUAUUACUAUUAUUAUCAUUAUAUUAUAUUUACCAUAUUACAGACAUUCCCUCUCUACAAGGCUUAUUAUUAUUAAUAAGGUCUGAUCUUUUUCAUGUGGAAAUGAGUCAAUCAUUUUUCCCGUAUAUUGCCUUAUUCAAUUUUUUAAGUUCAAGAUUUGUGAGAAAACUGCUGAUUGUAAUUUUUUAAACAUGUAAUUAUGCCAAAAGACCUUUUUUUGGCAAGAGUACAUAGGAUUUGGAUUUUGAUAAAGUAUUAAUGAUAUUAUUCAAAAAAUAAUAUGAAUAUGAUUAUCAUCAUCAUCAUUAUUUUAUUUUUUUUAUUAUUAUUAUUAUUAUAAUUAUUAUCAUCAUGGUUAAUAUUACAGAGUGAGUAGCAUAAAAAGGCUGCAAUACUUACUCCACAUUUGGCACUAUUUGUGCUGGUGCCAUUUACAAAUUUACCAUACACUGAAUCUUAAAUGCUUCCUAAACUGUAUGUCUUAACUAUUAGUAGUGGUUCCAAAACUUUAGAUAAAACAGUAAUGAAGGGAAGCAAGAAAGCAAAAUCCCAUUAUUACUUUAUAUUGCAACCAGGAAGUAAGUGAAAGUUAAAUGGAUCUCUGUUUUUACCUUUCAGAAAUGUAUAUCUUCAUGUAUGGAUCGUUACAUGGAUGCUUGGAAUAUUGUGUCGAAAACCUACCAGGAUAGAUUAAUGAAGGAACAUUCCCUCGCAGGAAAUUUUAAUUAAAAAAAACUUUCCUGGCCUUCUUUACUUGUGCUGAUUUACCUUCAAUUGUUAGUUUUCACCAAACUCAUGAGAUAAAAUAUUGCAUCAACUAAGGCUUUAUUCAUAUUCAAAUUUGAUUAGUCAUCAUUUAACUUUUUUGUGAAGCAUUGCUUACUCAGACUCUGGAAAAACUUUAAGGGGGAGAUAGUUAAUUUUGGUGUUGCUAGUUUAUACACAAAUUUAUAAAUUGUUAUACAAGCUAAAACCAUGUUUGAAUCAAACCAACAGUAUUACAAGAGAUGGUGAAAAUCCCAAACUGUGUCUUCCCUCUCUCUCCCUAGGAUGUAUACUGCCACUUUAAAAAUACAUCAGACUUCAUCCAGGCUUAAUAGGCCAUCGAGUAUAGAUAAUGCUUAUUUAAAGUGCUGUAGGUGUUUACCUCGAUGUAUUUGAGCAAAAGUUUUCUCCAUUCAGCCUUACAUGAAGCUUGCAAAGACAACACCCAUUUCUUAUAGUGUUAGCCUCCUGUAAGAUUUUUGGUCUUGUCUCAGAAUCCUAGACCAAGUGAAGAGCUAACAGAAUGUCUGUAUGAAAAACUAUGUCAUUCUGCCAAGAUGUCAGAUUCUGUUCUGCAAACUUGACUGAAAUUUUUCAAGGAUCAUUACUAACAUACACUGUGUCAAUGUUUCAGUAACCAUAACUCUCUUCAAGUUCUGCGUUCCUGAGAUACUUGCAUUAGCUAGCUGGGAUGGCACAAAUUUUGAUGAGAUUAAGAUGUGUUAAUGAUGUUUAUCUUGUAGUAAUUUACAAUGAAAACCAGUAACAUUGAAAUGUUCCUUCACCAAGCUUGAACCUUCAAGGGUUUUAAACUAAGGUUUUUUGGCAUAAGAGGAGCUAAUUAUUUAGGUAACUAAUGAAUUUCAAAUGUAUGGUAAAAGUGUCAAUUAAAAAGGAGAUCAACGAUCAUAACUAAUUUAACCUGAAUUAUCAUCAUCUGGGCAAUAAUUGAUAGAAAUCUUUUAUUUUUUUGAAAAUUUUCACUUCAAACUAGCAGCACAGUAUCAGUGCACUGCACUGAACAAAAGCAGAGAGAUGUGCACGCAAAUGGUGAACUGACUUAGAGAAGAGUAUUUUGAAAUAC